AUAUACCUAUUUCAACAGCGUGCCAUGGCUAUUUCAGCAUGUUUCUUAGUAGCAAUAAACUUUAAGUUUCUUUAUUUUUCCAACUACUAGUCUUAACAGACCAGUGCUUGACUCCCAACACUACACAACUGUUAAAAGUGCAGGUGCCUUGUCAUCUUUUGGAUCGGGCCAUACAACUCCAAUUUGAGAGAAAAAGGCAUGCCUCUGUGUAAGAUGAUCACACUGGUUACCCAGCCUCUUGGACUUCAUGUGAGCAAAUGGCAAAUGCUGAAGUAAGCAUUCCUGUAGGGGAUGUGGUGGUUGUGCCAACUGAAGGAAAUGAAGGAGGAAACCCAGAAGACACCAAAACUCAAGUGAUACUACAACUGCAGCCAAUGCAGCAAGGGAUUUAUCAAGAGGGCUCUGAGACCAGUACAGCUGUAGUGGCUGUGGAAACGCACACCAUACACAAGCUUGAAGAAGGCAUUGACCCUAACACCAUUGAAACUAGUGAGGAAAUUGAGAUUGCCUACCCCAUCACCUGUGGAGAGAUUAAAGCCAUCCUGCUCUGGAAGAAAUUUGUGUGCCCGGGAAUCAAUGUCAAAUGUGUCAAGUUCAAUGACCAGCUUAUCAGCCCAAAGCAUUUUGUUCAUCUGGCUGGCAAAUCUACCCUGAAAGACUGGAAGAGAGCUAUUCGCCUGGGAGGAAUCAUGCUGAGAAAGAUGAUGGAUUCUGGGCAAAUUGACUUCUACCAGCAUGACAAGGUUUGCACAAACACCUGCCGCAGCACCAAGUUUGACCUCCUGAUCAGCAGUGCCAGGGCACCAGUGCCAGGGCAGCAAAGCCUGGUACAGACUCCCACCUCUGCUGACGGAAGCAUCACUCAAAUUGCAGUGUCUGAGGAGAAUGUGGAGGAAGGGAUUGAAUGGAACUCUGCUCUGACAGCAGCGGUCACCAUGGCAACUGAGGAGGGAAUCAAGAAGGACCCAGAGGAGAUUUCAGAGGACACACUGAUGUUCUGGAAAGGAAUCGCUGAUGUGGGGUUGAUGGAAGAAGUUGUCUGCAACAUUCAGAAGGAGAUAGAAGAGGUGUUGAGAGGUGUUCAGCAGAGGCUUGGCCAGGCACCCUUCCAGGUUACCGAUGCUGCUGUCCUAAAUAAUGUUGCUCAUACUUUUGGCCUGAUGGAUACAGUCAAGAGAGUGCUGGAGAACAGGAAGAGCCAAACAGAUCAGGGAGAGGAACAAUUUCUUUAUACUCUUGCAGACCUGGAUCGCCAGCUGGAAGAGCAGAAAAAGCUUGCCAGGGAUCAGAAGAUAAAGUCUCAGACUAUUCAGAAUGUAGUCCUGAUGCCUGUCAACACUCCAAAGCUGCCUAAAAGGCCUCGACUGCAGCGCCCUGCCUCUGCCACAGUCCUGAGCCCUUCAGCGCCCAUCCAGCAGCCUCAGUUCACAGUCAUUUCGCCCAUCACCAUUGCAUCUAUGGGACAGCAGUUUUCUGUUAGCAACAUUCCAAUGGCAACCAUCAGUCAGGGCUCUAGCCCGGUGACUGUCCACACUUUGCCAUCAGGCUCGCAGCUCUUCCGCUAUGCCACCGUGGUCUCUUCCUCCAAGACCAGCUCCUCUGAAACAGUGACCCUUCACCCCUCUUCUAGCUUGGCCCUGCUGAGUUCGGCUGCCAUGCAGGACAGUGGCGCCCUUGCUAAUGUGGCCACAGUUGUGAAUCCUGUGGAACUAGUGGCCAUGGAGUCUGGCCUGACUUCUACCCUCCAGGCUGUCGAGGGCACUUCAGAGGAUGGACAGACCAUCAUAGAAAUAGACCCGGCACCUGACCCAGAAGCUGAGACAGAGGAAUCUGGGGCAAAAGCUGUGAUUCUGGGAACAGAACUGAGGACUGAGGAGAAGGUGGUGGCAGAGGUCGAUGAGCACCAGCAUCAGGUCCAUAAUGUAGAGAUUGUGGUCUUGGAGGACUAGACAAGAAGCCAAAUUGUAAUGUUGCUUGGGGUUUAUCUGUUUAUUUGUUUUCUUCCCCCCCCCUUAUUUUUUUUUACAGCUUUUCAGGUAAGUUCCCAUGGAUAUAUUUUUUCAAAAAUCAUUUUCACAUGGAAGAGAGCAGUCUCCCUCUGUACUGGAGUGGGGAAGGGAGAUAAGCAUAUUAUCCUGCCUAAUCCUAACCAGCCCAGCAAAAGUGAUGCAAGACCCUGCUGAUACUGAGAUCACACAGUGAGUGAUCACAGUUCAUAGAUCCAGGUCUGAAAAGACAAGUUAUCUACACCUCGUUUACACUAGGAUUGUUUUAGAAAUUAAGGGAACCAGGUGCUAGAAAUGUACCUGGCUGCUGGAUAAAGGUGAUUCUAAGGAAACAGGUUCCCUAUGUGUUUCUCAGCUCUCAACCUCCAUAGGAAAUGGAAAUCCUGUCUACCUUUAUCAGCCAUGCUACCGUUUUGUUUGGGGUUGGGGUUUUUUUUUUUGAGAAGGGGAGAAAUGGCAAACCCUCCUGAUUCAAGAGAUCAUAGCCCCAAUCACUCCGGCGCUGUUUUUUAAAAAAAUUGUUCUCAUCUUUCAGCAGCAGCUUAUGCCCUUGAACUGUUUUUGCCCAUUUGUGGCUUCUGGAAUCAGAUUCUAAGCACUCCCUUUCCAAACCUUCCCCAGUAGUAUUCUUUUCAACAGGUGUGGUCACAAGACUUUUUAAGAAUUGCUUAACCCUUGCAUGUGCGCGCUCUCUCUCUCUCUCCCUCUCUCUCUCUCUCUCUCUCUCUCUCUCUCUCUCUCUCUCUCACUCACUCACUCACUCACUCACUCACUCACACAAAGACACACACACACACAAAGACACACACAUGCUGGACAUGUUGAAGCGCCACCUGCCCUUUUGAGAUUGUUGUCCUGGAUGUACCAAGUGGGUUGGGCUACUGCAUGCUAGGAAACCUGGACUCAGCAGGCUGGGCAUACCUGCUCUUUACUCUGCAUGCUGGGAACUGCACCAAGCUUGUUAGCUAUAUAUAUGUGUGUAUAUGUUUGGUGUUCAUAAUUCUUUGAAAAAUUGGUCUACAGCAUUCUAGCCUGGCACAUCACUUCAGCAAUGUGACUGCCUGGUUUUGCUUCCAGUUUGGCUGGAGUUUUUGUUUCCUCAAGGGAAGGGGAAGGAGUGAAAAGGGUUCCCACCCUCACCCCCAGCCUGGUUCAUUUCUUAAAAUUUGGAGAGUGAGAAGGCUUGGAAGGGAAUCUGUUUGACUGAAAUAUUUAAAGCCAGAUAUAGGAAGAAAAUAAUUUGGGGGAUGGAUUGAGUGCGAUUGUUCUUUUUUUUUGUUUGUUUUUUUUGGGUCAUUUUUGCAUUAAAAAAU